AUGCUCGAGUCUAGCGCCGUCGACUACCUCCACUCGCCCGGGUACCGUGCCAACCUCACGCCCUCGCAGACGCUCGCGCUCUUCAAGCUCUGGCGUCGCUUCCUGCGGCUGUGCGAGAUCUCGUCGCACUCGACCGACUCGAUCGCCCAACCGCAUCCACGCUCCAGCACCGACUCGGCCCGUCGCACCAGCAACCGUCGCAGGCACAGAGCCACUGCGUCCGAACCUGCCUCGUCCGCCUCUACCUCGCACGACAACCUCGAUGCCAAUGCGGGUGCACUGGAUGCCUCGGCGAUACCCAAGGACGAUAAACUCAAGGAACACCUGCGCCACCUCGAGGAGAGCAAGGAGAUGCAGGCGUUUCUGCUGCAACACGGUGGUGCGGCGCUGCGUCGCGAGUUUUGGGCGAUCGUCAAGGGGGAACACCCGGACGCGUACAUGCUGAGGUGUCUGCGCGCGCGCAAGUGGGACGUCGACAGGGCCCUCGCCAUCAUCGGUGCAACCUGUGCGUUUCGCGUGCAGUACAACGUCAGCGGCAUCAUGAAGGAUGCCGAGCUCGGGCUGACAAGCACGCGCGGCGGAUUCAACAUCAUGAACAACGGCCUGUCGUACAUCUACGGCGCGACGGCAGCGGGCGAACCGGUGUACUUUAUCGAGGUCGGCUCGCACUACUCGUCCAACCAGACCGCCGACGAACUCAAGCGCGGCGUGAUCCUCAUGCAGGAGACGCUGCAGAUGCUCAUGCCCCCACCCGUCGAGCGCAAGGUGGUCAUCUUCAACCUCUCCAACUUUGGCAUCCGCAACAUGGACUGGAGCGUCGUGCUCUUCAUGGCCAAGACCAUGGAGUCCUUCUACCCAGAAACCCUGGCGAGGGUGUACGUGCACGGCGCACCGUGGAUCUUCAAGCCGAUCUGGUCCAUCCUGCGGCCGCUGCUGGAUCCGGUGGUGCGCGACAAGGUGCACCUGACCUGGUCGGUGGACGAGCUCAGGGAUCACGUGCCUGCAGACCACUUGCCGCAAUCGACGAUACCCGGAGGAAAGAUGGACUGGGCGUUCAAGUACCCCGUGCCGGACGAGAAGGAGAACGAGGUUCAGCAGGACGGCGAAAAGGCGGUGGAGAUGGAGACGCUCUACCGCAAUGCGUGCGUCGAGUUCGAGUAUGCCACGCGUGCCCUGGCGCGUGCGUACGGCGAUGCGGCGCUCGCAGAUGCAAAGGGAGCCGGAAUCCGACCCAAGUUCGGCCGCGCCAGGGGCAAUGCAACGCCGGCAGACGACGAGGAUUGGGAACCCGAGGGCACGGCGAGUCUGCGUGCCAAUCGCGACAUCCUCGCCACCAAGGUGAGGGUGGCGUGGCUGAGGCUCAAACCCUACGUCGUCGGCACACUCAAGUACGAUCGGUGGAGAGUGACGGAUGCGCAAGGCACGAUCCGUUGGACCUACACCGCCGUCGAUGGCCAAGAGGAGGUGCAGGUGCUGGGAGAGGGCACCUCGCUCCAUGUGCUCGAGCGCAAUCUGGCAGAACUCGAUGCCGCACAGCGCGUGACCAAGCCGCAGGCGCAGUCCAGCGUCGAACCCACAAGGAAGAGCAACGGUACAAGGGCAAAAGUAGCUGCGACAGAACAAACGCAAAGCGAGCAAGAGCCCAGAGCUAGUACGGCGGCACACACCGCAGCGUCGCAGCCCGAAAGCAGCGAGGCGUUCCACGAACCGAUCCCCGUGCAUCCGAGCCAGAUGGCCAAGAUGCAAGCGCGAGAUGCGGAUGGCAAGCCAGAAUAG